AUGCCAUCUUGCUCAACACCUUGGUUCUACCUACUGCUUGUGUCGUGCCUUCUUCUCUUGAAAGAAGCGCAUGCGGCGCACCAUGGAGGGAUCUCACUGAGGUCUCAACACAUGGCCCUCCUCCACUGGAAAGCUACACUUGCGAGCACACCGCUGCAGAUGAGCUCUUGGCAGGAAAACACCAGGCCCUGCAACUGGUCGGGCAUCAUGUGCACGGCUAUCCGCCAUGGCCGCCGCAUGCCCUGGGUGGUCACCAACAUAUCCCUGCCUGAUGCAGGCAUCCAUGGUCAGCUUGGUGAGCUCAACUUCUCAGCCCUUCCAUUCCUCGAAUAUAUUGACCUUCGGAACAACAGUCUCCAUGGUGCACUACCCCCUAGUAUCAACUCCCUGUCAGCACUUUCGGUGCUUAACCUUACCUACAACCAGCUCACAGGGAAAAUUCCUAGUGAGAUUGGUAACCUGCAAAGUCUCAAGCUGCUCGAUCUCUCAUUCAACAAACUCGCAGGGCAUAUCCCUGCAUCUUUGGGCAACCUCACAAUGUUAACUGAUCUUCUCAUUCACCAAACCAUGGUAUCAGGUCCCAUUCCUGAGGAGAUUGGAAGGCUUGUCAACCUACAACUUUUACAGCUAAGCAACAGCACCUUAAGUGGCACGAUACCAAAAACCCUUGGAAACCUAACCCAACUAAAUACUUUGUUGCUCUAUAGCCCAAUUCCAAUCCCCAUAACCAAUCUCACUGGGAUAAACCAACUUUUUCUUUUCGAAAACCGGAUCACAGGUCCAAUACCCCGAGAACUAGGCAACCUCGCUAUGCUAAAUGAACUUUGGCUCGACAGAAAUCAAAUCACUGGUUCAAUACCCCCAGAACUAGGCAACCUCACUAUGCUCAAUGAUCUUUAUCUCUAUACAAAUCAAAUCACAGGUCCGAUACCUUUAGAAUUGGGAAACUUGCUGAACCUCUGGAUUUUAGACUUGUUCGACAACCAAAUAUCUGGAUCUAUUCCUAAUAGCCUAGGAAAUAUAACCAAGCUAGUAGAACUGCAUCUCCCUCAAAAUCAGAUAACCGGUUCCAUACCCAAGGAAAUUGGCAAUCUGAUGAACCUUGAAUAUUUAGGCUUGUAUCAGAACCAAAUUACGGGAUCAAUGCCAAAAACUUUGGGAAGGCUGCAAAGCAUCCAAGACAUGCAAAUCUUUGACAACAAAUUAUCAGGCACUCUUCCUCAAGAAUUUGGAGAUCUCAUAAGCCUUGUUCGUCUUGGACUAUCUAGAAACUCACUUUCAGGACCUUUACCCGCAAAUAUAUGUUCAGGUGACAGAUUUCAAUAUCUCGAUGUCUCUUUUAAUAUGUUCAAUGGCCCCAUUCCAAGCAGUUUGAAGACAUGUACUAGUUUGGUUCGAAUUGACAUUCGGUCAAACAAACUAACAGGAGAUAUAUCUCGGCAUUUUGAAAAGCUAAGCAAUCUAGGAUACCUUGAUAUAUCUGGGAAUAGAUUGAGUGGAUUAAUACCAGAGGAACUAGGGGCCUGCAUGAAACUACAGUCCUUGAAGAUCAACAACAACAACUUUAGUGGCAAUUUGCCUGCUGCGAUUGGAAAUUUAGCAGCCCUGCAAAUCAUGUUAGAUGUGAGCAACAAUAACCUCAGCGGUGUGUUGCCACAACAACUUGGGAAGUUGGAGAUGCUAGAAUAUCUGAAUUUAUCACAUAAUCAGUUCAGUGGCAGCAUUCCAUCCUCCUUUGCAAGCAUCGUUAGCCUUUCAACACUUGAUGUGUCCUACAACGACUUGGAAGGACCAGUCCCAACAGCACGGCUACUCCAAAAUGCUUCAGCAAGUUGGUUUCUUCCCAAUAAAGGUCUGUGUGGUAACUUCUCCGGCAUGCCACCUUGUUAUUCAACCCCAAUAGCUGCUCACAAAAAGGGGAAGAUACUUGGUUUUCUUUUGCCAAUUGUUCUUGUGAUGGGUUUCGUCAUUGUUGCUGCAAUUGUUGUGAUAAUAAUACUUACUCGUAAGAAGAGAAAUCCACAAGAAAGUGUUACCGCUGAAGCAAGGGACCUAUUCUCUCUUUGGAAUUUCGAUGGAAGAUUAGCAUUUGAUGAUAUUGUAAGGGCAACAGAAGACUUUGAUGAUAAGUACAUCAUUGGAACAGGGGGAUAUGGCAAAGUCUACAAGGCACAACUCCAAGACGGGCAGCUGGGAAGCCUCCACGGAAUAUUGGAAAACGAGGAGCUAGCAAAGGAAUUAGAUUGGACUAAGAGAAUUGCUGUUGCAACAGAUGUGGCUCAAGCAAUAUUAUAUUUGCACCACGAAUGCAGUCCACCUAUAAUCCAUCGAGAUAUCACAAGCAACAACAUAUUGCUUGAUACAUCCUUCAAGGCUUUUGUCUCGGAUUUCGGCACGGCAAGGAUUCUUAAGCCCGAUUCAUCAAACUGGAGCGCACUCGCAGGAACGUACGGCUAUAUGGCUCCUGAACUGUCAUACACAUCUGUUGUGACGGAGAAAUGUGACGUCUAUAGUUUUGGCCUUGUUGUGCUAGAGCUAGUGAUGGGCAAGCACCCAAGGGAUCUCCUAGACGGUAGUUUGGCAAGUGGGGAAGAAGCUAUGCUGGUGAAAGAUAUUCUAGACCAACGGCCGACGACACCAACAACAACAGAAGAGAAGAGCUUAGCUCUGCUCGUCAACCUGGCCUUCUCUUGCUUGGAAUCUUCUCCACAAGCAAGGCCAACCAUGCGGAAGGCAUACCAAAUGCUCAUCCAGCAACCUUGUUCUAGUCCAAGUCCCGUGCCUUUCAGCGCACUUACAUUACAGCAUGCGAUGCAUGUUGAUGUAUGA